AUGAAAGGCGAGGCCGAGUCACGCCUUUGUCCGGAUGGACUGGUGUUUAACGAUGAAAAUCCCAAGAAAGAACUCUGCGACAUCCCUUCUAACGUGGACUGCGGAGACAGAAAGGAAUUACACGUUCUCGACGAUGGCUUCACAUGUCCCGAUGGUGAAACAGUUGGCCCCAAUGGCCGAGCCUUACCACACCCAACUUUCCCCCAUCCCGAAGACUGCCAGAAGUUCUACAUCUGCCGUAAUGGUGUUCAACCACAAAAAGGCAGCUGUCCUUCGGGAAAAGUUUACAAUGAGGACACCUUUAUGUGCGACAAACCAGAAAAUGUACCUGGAUGGUGA